CGAGCGUGUGCGCGCCUAAGAAGAGAUGCCAUGUGGCGGAGGGACCGAUACUACACGAGAAGGCACAUCUUCGCUCCGUGAUCUCCGGCUACAAGAUUUUCGGAUCUGUCGCGUCUGGUCCGACGACCGGCUCGGUUAGUCACGCCGGAUUCGUAGGGAAGGAAUCUGUCGCGCCGCCGGUUCAAGAUCGACCUUCUUCCUCCCACGCUAUCGAGUUUUGCUGGAGCGCCGAUUUGGAAUCUCUUUCAAGUUCAGUGCGGGAUUUAUCUUCUUUUUUUUUUUAUCGUUCCCGCAAUUUCUAUUGGGAACAAAAGUGCGUUACCCGCGAAAAAAUGCGCGAUCAUCGAGUCGAUUGACGCGAAGCGUUUCGUGCUCCAUAAAAUCCCACAAUUCAAAAAACGUCGGAAAAACGAAUUUUUCAUCUCGCGGUUCAUGAUUGACAUUGCUCGGAUGGUGCACACGCAGUCAUCCGAUAUACGAAGAUUCACGAAAAACUGGGCAACGAUAAAGUGAAUUAAGUAAACUUAAAUAACGAGCGACAAGGGAGGAAUCUGUCCAGUGGUUUUAGCGAAUCGGAGCGGAAAAUUCCGCGCCUCGGGACGAAACCGGCUGGAAGCGACUCGGACAAGGUUAACGAGAAAGUUGAAGGAAAAGGAGUUAACUAUACCGAAUAUAUAACGCGUCUGUGUCCUCGCUGAGACCAGCGAUUCAUUAUCUUUUCCCGAAAAGCGGCGACAGCUAAAUGGGAUAGAGAAAAGAGCGCUGUCGCGAUUUUACGGCGGAUAUCUUUGGCCUCGAUCAACUUCGUCUUUGAUCAAUUUCUUCAUCUAUAUUGCAGCUGUAUAACCUCUUCAUCUAUAUUGGUGCUGUAUAAUCUGGAAGGGUCGUAUCUUCUGAAUAUUGAUCGAUAUUUAACGGACAUAAGCGAUUGUUUGAUGGAGAAUCUGAUGAUGCUGGUGAUUAUACGUAUGCAUGUACACACGUCACCCGAGAGAGAAAUUUAAUUAAAUCGCCGCCGAAGACAAUUUCGCGCGUGAUGAGGUCGCGCGAGAUCGAACACGUGGACGAUCGGUGCGUUUUGGCUUUGAGCGACCGGGUGCAGUGACAACUCCGCUUCCUCUCGACGAAACUCCGUGAAAUGAUGACCCUUGUGACGGACGCGGUGCCCUACGCCUACGAAGCUACCGCGAGAUCGCCUUACGACGGUUACCGUCAUCACUUGCAUCACCAUCAUCACCAUCAUCAUCAUCCUCAUCCCCACCGGUAUCGGCGUGUUUACGCGCCGACGGAGUCCGAGUACCUGCAGGAGGGAUACAUCGCCACCCAGGUGGACACGGAUGAUCGCGCGAGGCUUAUCGGCAAUAAUGUCCCGGGGUCAACCGGUUCGUUGAAUUAUCGCAACGAUCGAGUCAGAUCGCAGUCCCGCUACGCCCUCGACUCGGACGACACUUCGUCAGUGAUAUCGGCGGACGCUUCGGCCGACCUCGAGUCCGGCUCCGCGGACGCCGACGAGACCAACGAGACUAGCGAGACCAACGAGACCAACGAGAGCGAGUCGAUCGAGCACGUGCCGCAUCCGCACGUUUUGGACGCCGGUUCGCCGCAUGGACCGCGCAGAUGCCUUCUGUGGGCCUGUAAGGCUUGCAAGAAGAAAACGGUCACCGUCGACCGGAGGAAAGCCGCCACUUUGCGCGAGAGACGGCGCUUGAGAAAGGUCAACGAGGCCUUUGAGGUGCUUAAGAGGAGAACGAGCAACAAUCCUAAUCAGCGUUUACCGAAAGUGGAGAUAUUACGGAAUGCUAUCGAGUACAUCGAGAGUCUCGAGGCGCUGCUGCAGGGAAAUCGACCCUCCGGACAUCAGGAUCACCCUUCCGCCGAGAAUAUGAAUGGAGAGUCGUCGCAGUACGUGACGGACAGACUUCGGCAAUUCUCGGAUCCUUUGGCGAGGUUUCAACCAAUUAACGGUUUCGAGCAAACCGAGCAAGCGUUAUCUUCGCAGAAUAACGGCAGCAGCUUGGAUUGUCUCAGUAUGAUUGUGCAGAGCAUUAAUGGACCGUUACAACCGUCAUCAGAGAAUCAUUAUUCACCUCAUCACUGAAGUUGUACAAUAUCGAGUCUUGUUGAUCCCUCUUUGGAUCAAGCCUUCCUUCUUAGCUAUUGAAAUGCAUGUCACUCGAGUUUUCAAUUGAAUGCGCAUGUAUAUACGUAAAAAAAAUCCGACUAUCUUUUUCGAAACAUUUUUAUUGCAUUGCACAGGAUGUUUCAAAAAUCGUUGAAAGUGUACUUUUAGCGACUCGCAGAAUGAAGAUGAAUGAUGGAGAUACUGAGACACAUAAUAAAUUAGAUAACAGUUUAUCUAAUUUAAAAAAAUAAAUAAAUAAAAGGGAGAAAGCCGUCUCGUGUCUUUAAACUGAAGGAAUUCCUAGUCGAAAAGAAGCGCACGAUUUCUGAAACAUCGUGUAUAUUUUAAUCGGUCCGACAAACUCGCGAUGGAUUUUUAUCGAAGCGAAAAUCACGGACAUCGCGAGCGAUUAAAUUGAUAUUCGAUGGAGGCUUCGAACAAAGUAGUAUAGAUUUCCGAUCAUCAGUCAUCAAAUCUAUGCGAGAUAUUGGAAGCGUCGUGAGAAAUAGAAAAAAAAAUAUUUUAUCUAUAUGUAUACCAAAGAGAAAAUAUUUUAAAAGAUAAAUUCUAGAUUUUUUUUCCUCUUUGCGAGAAGACUUAGCUUAAUAUUAAUUAUAAUUACUAUAAAGAGUGGAUGAUGAAAGUUUAUAGCGAAGUAAGGGUUCGUCAUGAGGCCAUUAUUUAAAUAUUUGGAAUGAAAACAAAAACGCCUUUUGUUUAGGAUUUAUAGAUUUUUAGAAGAUUAAUUUCUUCCUUUUUUUUUUUACUCAUCUCUGACUUUUGGCAAUGUUAAUUUAAAACAAGCUCGAGAAUUCAGAGCGAUGUAAUUGCCAAAUAUUAAUUUAGAACAAGCGCGAGAAAUGCAGAGCGAUGUAAUUGCCAAAAAUAUUUUUUGCGCUUUCAUACUUUUCAUACUUUUCUUGUUAUCUCUGCAACAUCUGCAUAAAUGAAGUCUACUAUCGUUAUUUUCAAAAUUAGUCUUUAUUCCCAUAAAUGUAAAAAAUAUAUUCUUCUCUCGACAUAGAGUUUCUUCCUCAAUAAAUGUACAAAGUCCUUUUUCCUUGCGUAUAUAUGCGUUGUUUUGCAUUUCUAUUUGAAAAUUAUGGAUUUAAAUCGUGAUAUUUUGGCGAAAAAUCUGUCUUAUUGUUAGUAGAAAAUUUUAGGCGAGACGUUUGUGUCUUGACACCAACAAAAUCGUCGGAACAAAUCGUCGAACUUCUCAUGUGCCUGCGAGAUAUAUCGUAUCGAUCGCGUGGAGUAUCUGUGUAACCGAGCUUCUCAUCGAUAUCGCGAUGAUGUAAAUAUGCGGUAUUACGAAACAAUAAAGAAGAACGAAGGACGGAGAGAUAUUUUCUUUCUACCGGUGUCGCUUACCGCAUCUAA